AUGUUACGAGUACGGCCGUUUUGCGAAUUACCUCCGAAUUUAGGUCCCAUCUCAAUAAAUAGGUCAUAUAUUGACUUGGAAGAAUUGGACGCGCGUUCAUUUCCAGAGGUAAAGUGGGGCGGGCAGUUCUCGCCCCACGAUUGCACCGCCGUGCAUAAAGUGGCCAUUAUAGUGCCUUUCAGGGAUCACAAACAACAGUUGCCGAUAUUCCUAAACCAUAUGCAUCGGUUUUUAAUGAAACAAAAACUAGAAUACGGUAUAUUUAUCAUCGAGCAAGUAAGGUCUGACUACUUCAAUCGUGGCAAGCUCCUGAACGUGGGUUUCCUGGAGAGUCAGAACGUGAGCCAUUGGCAUUGCUUCAUAUUCCACGAUAUUGACUUGCUACCGAUGGACCAGAGGAACAUCUACUCCUGCCCUCUCGAGAAGCAUCCGAGACACCACGCUGCUGCUGUUGACCGACUACAUUUCAAGCUUCGUUCCGACACGAUGUUCGACGGAGUAACGGCCAUGACACUGCAGCAGUUCAACAACGUCAAUGGUUUCAGCAAUACAUUCUGGGCCUUGGGCAGCGAGAACGACGACAUGGUCUUAAGAAUAUAUUCGAAGGGUUACACCAUAUCAAGAUACAACAUGACUAUCGCUCGAUAUGCUUCGUUGUACCACAAGCCAAAACCAACCAACAAGAACCAACGGUACAAAUGGUUCUCCGUUAUGAUGGAAGCCAAGAAUACUCUAAAACACGAGGGUCUGUCCACUCUAAACUACUCCGUAAAGAGUGUCGUCCCACACCGCCUGUAUACACACAUCAAGACAUAUAUCGGCCGGUCGCCCACCUACCAUCAGCUGUUGAAGAUAAUAAAGAAAUAUAAAGAAGCGGACAGAAUGAGCAUGCGAGAAGAAAGAAUGGACGCUGUGAAAAAGGAGCUCGUCGCUAUAUUAUAAUUUCGAGCAUUUGUCAUGUUUUCAUGUAUCUGGGCAUUUUCAAUUAAAAGUGGGACUAUUCCGUCUAGGAUACGAUCGUAUAUUUCUUGUUUUUCCAUCGUAGGAAAAAGACACAUUAAUUAAUAACCGAUUUGCAAGACCGAAAUGAUCCCAUAAGAGCUCCGUGAACAAAGUUUUGUACGGGGCUCUAAAAACCAUUUGCUUUUGAUUGAUUGCUGAAUCUAAUUAAAAGCAAUCGCUGCUUUGUCGACGAAAUUAUCAAAGUUGUUCGUUGUCCGAGAAAAACGCUAUAGUUCGUUUUUUUUAGCAUUAGAAAGAACUUGAAAGAAGGUAAGCGAUCUUGACAUGUCUUUUAAUUGAAAAACGCUUUUUAAAAAUCAGUAACUAUUACUUAAGAAUAUAAAUGUUCGUAUUAGAUUCAUAGUUGUUACAUAUUUGCCGUAACUUAUUUUUAAAAUGGGUUUUUCAAUUAAAAGACACAUCAAGAUUGUUUACCUUAUUUCUAAUGCUAAAAAAAACGAACUAUAGUCGAUGGAAUAGGCUCUAUUAGCGGCAGCCGUACGAACCCAAUUUCACAGAUAAACCACAAAUGGAUGUACAGUACAGGCAGGGUUGGGCAGUAGGUAUUUCAAUUACAUGUAUUUGAAAUGUCAAAUACAUUUUAGUAUUUUGUAUUUGUAUUUC